GUGCCUAAUCUCAUCUCCACUCUUCCCGUUAUCUUCUUUCUUCAGCGGAUUCUCUAGCUCCAGCGACAAUGGCGUUAUCAGUUUCAAAUCUCGCCUCUUCUCUCUCUUCGCUCUCUUUCUCUUCCCAGGUUUCCCAGAGACCUAACUCCUUUUCGUUCGCCCGCGCGAACUCGGUAUUCCCAUUGCCGGCGAAAUCCGCUCGUCGCGCUUCUCUCUCAAUCACUGCAACGGUGGCUGCUCUCGCGGAGGCGGAGGAGGAUACUAUGGAGCUUAAGAAGUACGUGAAAUCGAGGCUUCCUGGUGGUUUCGCAGCUCAGAAAAUCAUUGGCACGGGACGGCGUAAGUGCGCCAUCGCUCGAGUCGUCCUCCAGGAAGGCACCGGGAAAGUUAUUAUAAACUAUCGCGAUGCCAAAGAGUACCUUCAGGGCAAUCCAUUGUGGCUUCAAUACGUUAAAGUGCCACUAGUGACACUGGGUUACGAGAACAGCUACGAUGUGUUUGUGAAAGCCCAUGGAGGCGGUCUCGCUGGUCAAGCUCAAGCGAUUACUCUUGGAGUUGCUCGAGCCCUCUUGAAGGUAAGUGCAGACCAUAGAUCGCCUCUGAAGAAGGAAGGUUUGCUCACCAGAGACGCAAGAGUCGUUGAAAGAAAGAAGGUCGGGCUCAAGAAGGCACGUAAAGCACCACAAUUCUCCAAGCGUUAAAGAGUCUUUUAUGUUAUCAUUAUUGUUGGAUCAACUCUUCCAAUACACUCCUUUCCCUCCAAUUCUUUUUUUUUUUUAUUCCCAACUCUUCUGUCUAUUUAUGUGUGUUUGUUUCUUCUUCAAGUUUAUGUGUAGAUGAACCGAUCUCUGUUUUGUUUGAAUAGAAUGCAGAGUUGUUAUGAUUUUGAAUCGUAUGCUCUUAUCAAUUGUGA